AUGAGGCAUCAUAGAAGGACGCCGUCUCAGCAUCGCGAAGUCAAGGAAACUCUUAAUGCCAAGACCGAGUAUACCAACGACGAUAUAGACGGAAGGUCGCAGCAGGCCAUUAAUCAGUAUACCAUCAAAGAGGAAAUUGGAAGGGGCUCAUAUGGCGCCGUACAUCUGGCUACAGACCAGUUCGGUACUGAAUAUGCUGUCAAAGAAUUCUCGAAAUUGCGCCUCCGGAAACGAGCCCAGUCGAACAUAUUGAGAAGACCCGAGGGAGGUAGGCCGCGACUCGGCCCUGGGCGAAGUCUAUGGAGCGCCCAUAAGAAACAACUCAGUCAUCAUGAAAUUGCAGAGGCGAAAGAUGCCCUGUUCUUGAUACGAGAAGAGAUUGCCAUCAUGAAAAAACUCAACCACCCCAAUUUGGUACAGCUAAUCGAAGUACUGGACGACCCCGAGAACGAUUCCUUGUAUAUGGUUCUGGAAAUGUGCAAGAAAGGAGUCAUCAUGAAAGUUGGGUUGGAUGAGCAAGCAGACCCCUACGACGACGAGCAGUGUCGUUUGUGGUUUCGCGAUCUUAUCCUAGGCAUAGAGUAUCGAGUUGUUCACCGAGAUAUCAAACCAGACAACCUCCUACUAACAGAAGAUGAUGUGCUGAAAAUCGUCGACUUUGGAGUAUCCGAGAUGUUCGAGAAGCCAGAGCAUAUGAUGACUAGCAAAUCUGCUGGUUCACCUGCCUUCUUGCCGCCCGAGUUGUGUCAAGUCAGACAUGGCGACGUCUCGGGCAAAGCAGCGGACGUGUGGUCCAUGGGUGUUUCGCUAUAUUGCCUCAAAUAUGGAAAGCUUCCCUUCAAGCGGGAUAAUGUGUUGGAAAUGUUAGAGGCGAUCCGAACCGAGGACUUGCAAAUACCCACUCAAGACGAGGAUCCGAAUUUCUUGGAUCUCAUCACCAGGAUUCUAGACAAGAAUCCGGAGACAAGGUUAACUCUUCGAGAGAUAAGAAAUCAUCCGUGGGUCACGAAGGGCGGUGCCGAUCCCCUACUGUCGGAAGAGGAGAACUGUUCAGAUGAGGUGGAAUUACCAAAUGCCCUCGAAGUCAACCAUGCAUUCACAAGGAAGAUGGAUCACCUAGCCUGUGUACUGAAAGCGAUCCACCGAUUUAAGAGCCUCACAUCCAGGAGUAGAUUUUCGACCCCUGAGAUUAGGACGCCUCAGACUCCAUAUGCGCCGAAACUAGAGGAAAAGGAGGAUGUUUCAGAAGUUGCAGAUAUCUCCACAAUCUCUACGGACUCAACGGCGGUUCCUGAGACUCCCCCACAGCCAGAGCGGCAGAAAUCGAUCGCCGAAGAGGCGGCGGAGCUCAUCAAGCAGCGCAGAGCUUUCCAAGCAGCACAAAAGCACGCCGCGACUCACCCGCCGAUGCCACUUGGAGAAGGUGAGAAGGGCCACGCCCAUGACCUAACGGAAAAGGCACCGCUCUUCCUAGGUAUCGGCACUGGUGGACACGAUGAUUUCACUAGUUCCGAACCUCCAACUGACGUCGUAUCCGAUUCACCUACCGGGAUUGAUUUCGACGUCUAUGAUCGUGCCUUCGAGACGGAAAUCAAACGUAUCCGUUCUGACAGGAAGAAAGGUCGUGCCAGGACCUAUCUCACGAAGCUCGUAGGGGAGCAAGAGGUAGACAAAUAUGCCAGUGAUGAUUGUAUGGUUAUCGAGGCUGGAAAGACGUUGGCAUCUAGCGCAUAUGCACACGGCUCGUCGGCCAUUGAAAGAGGAUUGAACCACAUAAAUGAGGUAAGGGAGCAACUUCAUCGUGACAAGAAUGGUGCAGAGGGGGAGGAUCGUGGAAGCCCAAGCAGCGUCUCGGAUGCAGUGGGGGCAGCGAAGGAGACGGGGCAUAGAUUCGCAAAUUUAGUAUCGGCCAUGAUGAAAGACCCCAAGGAGAAGGACACGAACUAA